UUCUCGUAGGGAGAUUGUUAACCCGGAUUAUCAACAUUGGUUGAAAAUAGACCAAACUGUCCGUUCAUGGCUUUUUGCCACACUUUCUCGGGAUAUCUUGAUCGAUGUUCAUGAACUAAAAUUUUCUUCUCAAAUUUGGGACCGUCUUAGAAACAAGUUUAUGUCUGCCGGUACUGCACGCUCUAUGAAAAUCAAUCGUCAACUUUCCACCACCAAGAAAAAAUCCGGUCAAACCAUGGACCAAUAUCUUCGGGAAAUUAAAGUUGCCGCGGAUUCCUUAGCGCUAAUUAAUUCUCCGGUUAUUGACAAGGAUCUUAUAGAGUAUGCCCUUCUUGGUCUUGGUCCGGAAUUUGAAUCAAUACUAGGCGGGUUGGCAUAUGUUCCUCCUACAUUUACAUUUGAUAAAUUGGGACCUAUUCUAGAUCUCCAGGAGCGCCGGCUGCAGUAUAUGUGUGGGACGGCUGUGUCUUCAUCAGGCUUUUGCAGCCACUGGACAGGCUUCCUCCAAUGCAGCAGCCCGUCCGCAGCAGCCCUUCCCUGGACGAGGAGGUACACAAACCCGUGGCGGUCACAGUGGACGUGGCCAGCGCUCCCAUCAGCGGGGUCAUCGGGGCCGUGGCAGAGGGUAUGGCUACCCUGGUACUCCUGGACAUCAGCCUUUUCCACGUGGAUUUGAUUAUCACUAUGCGGGACAUCAUGCAUCUUUUCAUCCGGGAGCACCCGGUGCAGGUAUGGGUAAUAUUCCUCUGGUAAAUUCUUGUCUGUUUCCCUAUUAUACUCGUGGUAUUCAUACUAAAAGUGCAGGUUUCCCAUCAGUUGAUCCCACUUAUGCAUCCCCCCCCCCCCCCCCCCCCCCCCGUUGUUUGUCAAUUAUGCUUUACACCUGGUCACUCAGCCAUAACUUGUUCCAAGUUCACCUCUGGAUCUUCUCCGGCCUUAGCUGCGUUACCAACCGGUGAGACUAACGAAGUGACAUGGUAUCCAGAUUCUGGUGCCUCCGCACAUAUGACGCUGACUGAAGGACAAUCGAACAGGGGCAACUCUACUCCACGCUUCCAAUAAGGAUAGGACUUAUCCCUUCACGGUUUCCUCUUCACCGCUGGCCCUUUUUAC